UGGACUGUCGUUCCCAGUUUUAAGUACAAGUUACGUCGGAAUGCCUAAAGUGCGGAGGAGCAAGAAAGCCCCCCCUGAAGGAUGGGAAUUGAUAGAGCCCACUUUGGAAGAACUAGAGCAGAAGAUGAGAGAAGCUGAAACGGAACCUCAUGAAGGAAAGCGAAAAGUGGAAGCUCUGUGGCCCAUAUUUAAAAUUCAUCAUCAGAAAUCGAGAUAUAUAUAUGACCUGUUUUAUCGCAGGAAAGCUAUCAGCAGAGAGCUGUAUGAGUACUGCCUCAAUGAAAACAUUGCAGAUAAAAAUCUGAUAGCAAAAUGGAAGAAACAAGGAUAUGAAAAUCUGUGCUGCUUGCGGUGUAUACAGACAAGAGAUACUAACUUUGCAACAAACUGUAUAUGCAGGGUACCAAAGGGCAAACUUGAAGAGGGUCGCAUUGUGGAAUGUAUUCACUGUGGCUGCAGAGGGUGUUCGGGAUAAAUUCACACUUCGAUGAACUGGAGUGUAUGAAGUCAGUGACAGUACUCGGCAGACUGAUUGCCAGCAAUAGAACGAAUUUUCACAGACUUGAUUUUUAUUGCAAUUUUUUCAUGUACAUUAUUACCAUUUCUUAAUAAAGUUAUCUGUUUAAAUAGAA